CAAAGAAAAAGCAUAAAAGCAUAAAUGUAUUUACAGUUUACAAACAGAAAUAACUAUAACAACAGCAUAGAGCGGAGCGCUUUAAAUAUAACGUAAAUAAAAAAGCCAAUAGCAAUAAAAUCAUUCUAACCAGCUGCUGAAAGCAAUCCACAGUGCAGCGAACGGGGCCAGCUGCAGAGCGAGCUGAGAGCGGACGAUGAAUAAUCUACUGCAGGAUAUACAAAACAAAUACUCAUUUCUGGAUAAUCUAUUCAGUCACGUAUGGAAAUGCAUUAUUCAAUCGAAUUUAAAGCUCAAGCUCCAACUGCGAAAUAUUCAGUGGAAGAAUGCCAAAGCAAAGCCCGGCUGCGCCUACCAACCCACAGAAAUCGAACAAGUGGCAAAUGUUAUCACCCAUGGCAUUUGGAUAGUUCCCGCCGUUUUUGCCGUCAUCAAGCUCUUUGAGCGCUCUAACAGCUAUAGCCAAUAUUUAGUCUCAUGGGUCUAUGGCACCACGCUCUGUAUGCUGUUCACAGUUUCCACAUUUUUUCACUGCUCUUGCUACUGUGCCGAACAUAAACCGCCAAAAAACUACAAUGCUUGGCCCACAUUCGGCUGGCAGACGUAUCAGGGUCUAAAGAAUGUCUUGCAUCGCUGCGAUCGUGCCAUGAUCUAUGUGUUUAUUGCCGGCUCAUAUUUUCCUUGGUUGACGCUGGAGAAUACCGACCAUUCGGCUACACUCUUUUGUAUGGAAUGGAUUAUUUGGCUAAUGGCUGCUAUUGGGAUUGCUUACCAACAACUCUACCACGAACGCUACAAAUGUCUGGAGACCUUCUUCUAUAUUGUCAUGGGCCUGGGUCCGGCGCUCGUUGUCAUGCUCACGGGACAUCAUUUUAAUGGCAUGUUGCAGUUGAAGUUCGGCGGUGCCUUCUAUAUACUGGGCAUUAUAUUUUUUAAGUCAGAUGGUCUAAUUCCCAUGGCUCACGCCAUUUGGCAUCUGUUCGUGGUGCUCGCCGCUGGCUGUCAUUAUUAUGCGAUUUUAGUAAACUUAUAUCCGAAUGACUCCAAUCAUUUACAAACUAGUAGCUAAGUUAAUGCUAGGUAUGGGCAUAGCUCACGGCUCACGGCUCCAAGGACCUUAUCGUUGAAUGUACUUAACUAACUGACCAACGGUUCCAUUAAUGGUAGAUGGUGACCCACCAAAACUCUAUUUGAUUACGAAUUGUAUAUUUGAAGUUGUUUUUAUUAUUUUUCUUUUUUUUGUUUUUUUUUGUAUUGAUAGUUUCUGAGAUAACUGAAUGUAUUCCUUCCUACCAACAACCCAUAUAAGUUACUGCUCCAAAAUUAGCCAAAUUUUGUACAAAGUUUAUAGUAUUUAAUUAAUUUGUUUUUGUGUGGUACGAGUUGAGUUUUGCAAACGGAUUUAUAUAUUGUACGAUAGCUGUAGUUCUAGAUGUAGUAAGUUAUAAAAUUUGUUAGAAUAAGGUAAAGGAUUCUGAAGAUAUUCGAUAAUGAAAACGUAUCUUGUGAUCAACAUCUGCGGUCUUGCCAAAGAUUGGAAUGGAAAUUAUUAAUUCUCAAAUCAUAUAUAAUAUAAGAACAUUCAUAUAUAUAUACAUAAAUCUAUACGUAUAUAUAUGACCGAUUUUCUUGUAGGUAGACCAAACACCUAUACACACAUAUAUAUAUAUUUAUUUUUUUCUAUAUAUAUCAUAUAACUAGCUCACAUAUGACAAUGUGUGCUUUAAAGACUAACAAAGUGUACAAACUCCAAUAGUAGAACUUGAACUUCAACUUUGACGAUUAAAUCAACGCCUUUCAAAAUACUGGAAGCCCGCCUAAAUGAACAUAUACACACAUAGUUAUAUAAAGACCUAUGUAUGCUAUAAUAUAUUACAAAUAUAAUUAGUUAUAGAACGAACAUAAGCUUAACGCGAGCCAAUGUUUGAGUGAAGGUGUUAGUUAGCCAGUCUGUUGUUCAGCGUGUUAUGUUACUAAGUAGAUAAUUGCUCAGGGAAUACUUAUGCAGACCGCAUUGGUGCUGUCUAUCGGCGGUGUAUGAUUGCUAUGGGGUGCAAAACGAAUUCAUUGGUUCGUGGUUAACGCACUUAACUUGUAUACACAAUUGUUUUUGGAUGUUUGGCGAAUUCCGAAGUGGAUUAUACAAUGAAUUAUUGCUGAGCAGAAUUUAUAUAUUACAAAGGCAUGAAAUGAAUUAUACAUUUGUAAAAUUACUUAAAUAUUAUAUAUAUAUACUACCUAUACAAAUACUAGAUAUAUCUAUGAAUCUAUACAAUAAAUAUAUUCCUGGUAUGAAAGGUCAAUCAA